AUGCUCCUUGGCGACACCCACGCGCAGAUACAUGCCAUGGACGUAUAUCUGCUCGUCAAUGGCUCCGGCGCCGUCGUCAUCAUUGAUCCACACCUACCUACUCGCAUACUGACCGGGCUGCUGAGUGCGAUACAAGCCGCUCAGCACAUUCGAGACAACGCAGCGGGGCCAACGUACUCGAUCGACAUCCUGUUGCAUCUGGUUCGGAAGGCUCGUGAACGGAAUCUCUUUGCGCGUUCGACUGUGCUGAAGGAAUUCGUCGAGGGGGCCGUCCCGUCGUAA